CCCCAUAAAACCCUCGCAGCCCCCCUUCACCCCGUCUCUCUCUCUCUCUCUCUCUCCGCCGUUCUCCGCCGCGCCGAUCCGAUCCGAUCCGAUCGUCUCCUUCUCCCGCCGGAGCUCACACCGCAAACCGCCCCUCCGGCAAUGGCGAGCUCCGAGCCCGAGCGCGAGCACCGGGAGGACGAGGAGGCCCAGGCCGGCGACGACGAGGACACCGGCGCCCAGGUCGCCCCCAUCGUCAAGCUCGAGGAGGUCGCCGUCACCACCGGCGAGGAGGACGAGGACGCCAUCCUCGAUCUAAAAGCGAAGCUAUACCGGUUCGAUAAGGACGGGAGACAAUGGAAGGAGAGGGGCGCCGGGACCGUGAAGUUCCUGAAGCACAAGGAGACUGGCAAGGUCCGGCUCGUCAUGCGGCAAUCCAAAACCUUGAAGAUCUGCGCCAAUCAUCUAGUUAUUUCUACCAUGACUGUCCAGGAACACUCGGGCAAUGAUAAAUCGUGCGUUUGGCAUGCGACCGAUUUCGCGGAUGGGGAACUCAAGGACGAGUAUUUCUGUAUCAGAUUCGGAUCAGUUGAGAAUUGCAAAACCUUCUUGGAAAGGUUCCAGGAAGUUGCUGAAUCCCAAAAGAAGAACGUGGAAAACAAGGAUGCUAGUUCAGCUGCUGGACUUCUUGAGAAAUUGAGUGUUGAAGAAAAGAAAAGUGAAGAUAAAGCGGGCAAAGAGUUGGCUUCUGCUUCUGAGGGGGAGAAGGAAACUAAAUCUGAAGAAAAACCUGAUGCAGAUAAGAAAACCGAGUCUUCUUCCUCAGCUUGAGGGGUUUCGACGUGUUCAUCGCUCAUUUGAUGUCAGCAGCACAAGGGGGUAGCUUUCAGACCUCUUCUGCUGCCCAUCAGCUGCUUAUCUUCCUUCUGGUGAGAACCUUGGGGUUUUCUUCAUUGACUGGAAUGUAGUUGAUCGGUCCUUUGGUUUCUUGGUCUGUCGGGGACGGGAUGGAGUCAUGUUUGCAUCUACAGGGUUCCAGUUUGGUGUGCCAAGUGUCCUACUAGGUUUUCUUCAUACUAUUUACUUUCCUUUUUGUUUUAUUACAGUUGGUCGGCCAUGGCCUUCAAAUAGUGCACAAAAAUGCCCUUGUUAUAGGCCGACUAAUGUUGUGAGAUACUUUAAUGAUUUUGUGCAGUCAGAGUUCGUCAUUUUAUGGACAGUUGCAAUUGUUUUGCGUCAAGAGAAAUGGUUUGGUCAUUGAGGAAUA